CCUUUCUUCAUUGCUCCCCGAAUUGAUCGACUGACCCACAGUAACUCAACAUGCCUCUCCACACCGCCGGACAGACACAGAUCUACACCUUCCCCGACACCGCUGCGCUGUCGCAGGGCCUUGACAAGUACGUCGCUAGGCUAUCAGAAGAGGGCAUCAAGCGCCACGGCAAAUUCGCCAUCGCCCUGUCUGGAGGAUCUCUGCCCAAGCAGCUGAGCGCCAUCCUCAAAGACAACCCCUCCGUCGACUUUUCCAAGUGGAUCGUUUACUUUGCGGAUGAGCGCUGCGUACCGCUGGACCACGAGGACUCGAACUAUCUGCUUGCCAAGAAGGAGCUCUUCGACUUUGUCAACAUCCCUGAGGAAAACAUCCACACCAUCAACCCAGAACUCAUCCACAAUCCUGAAGAGGCUGCAGAGGAUUAUAUCUCGCAACUGGCUGCCACCUUUGCCACCAAGGACUCUGUGCGUUUUCCAGUCUUUGACCUGAUCCUCCUUGGCGUCGGUCCCGAUGGCCACACUUGUUCCCUGUUCCCGGGCCAUGAACUCCUGCAGGAGACCGUCGAUUGGUGCGCCGCGAUCACCGAUUCGCCCAAGCCUCCCCCACGCAGGAUCACCUUCACCUUCCCGGUUGUGAACCACGCCCACCAUGUAGCCUUUGUCGCCGCUGGCGAGGGAAAACAGGAUAUGCUGCAUCGCAUCUUGGAUACACACGGCGACUUGCCUGCGCAGUUGGUCAAGCCCGUGACAGGAACUCUCUCCUGGUUUGUUGACGAUGCUGCAGCUGCCAAAAUCACGUCAACUACCCACAAAGGUCUCGAGCGACUCUAAUGAGAAUAUCUCAAUGGCGCUCUGCUCUCGUCUAUUCACUCACUACGUCCCUAUAUGUAUCUGUCCUAGGAAUGAGUGGAUCAUUGCUAUCUUUAUCAUAAUAAAAACUUGCUACCCCUUCUUGCAGUACAAAGCCUAUAUGAUC